UACAGUCUGGCGCCGACCUCGACCUUCAGCCCGACGCCCGACCCGUUAGAGCGGUCGGCAUCAUUGAUGCAUCAUCGUGCAAUUGUGAUCGAUGUACGUAGGCAUGUGCAGAUAUGACCAGGAUAAUGAAAACGAGAGAGGCGGAGAACAAACAACGGAGAGGCCGCCGCGUCGAUGGCCGUAGAGAGCCCCAGCCUGCCGCAUAGCUCGGCGCCCGCGGCCGCGGCACCAGAGCCGACUUCCGACGAGCAGAUUGCGGCGGCGACGGCUUCCGUCCGGAAGACGGUCGGGCGGGUGGGGUCCUUGGACGUGCGGCUCGAGGUUUCGCAGUUUGUUGACCCCGUGGCGCUCGAGACGCGGCGGUCGCCGUGCCGCUGCCCGGGAACGAGCUCAGGGAGCUGCGUGCCGCCCUGGCGUGGUCUUCGAGGUCGCGCGCCGCUCCCGCCCCUGACGCUCGCCCGCGCCCUGCACUGGGCCCCCUCACCUUGGGUCUUCUGCGGCCUCUGCGGCGACACGAUGCAGCCAGAGGCUGCGCCAAGGGCGUCGGCCUUAGGGCGCGGCCAAUUCGCCGCCCCGGCGCGGGGAGAGGUUCUGCGCGGGAGUGCUGGCCCUGCGGAGCGGGUCCGCGCGGCGUGGGCCUGGGCGCGCGGCCGCGGGUGUUGUCCCUCCAGGGGCGCGGCAGAGCACGGGGUGUAGGCCUCAGGGCGCAGGCCCGCAGGUGCUCCUGCUGCGCGGCGCUGAGGAGCAGCGCGGGGCGAGCGCGCGAGGCGCCCCGUGCCCUGCGGCGAAGAAUCGCGUCGCCGAGGACUACUCAAGGCGGCGUCAGCGGAGCGCAGGGAAAAACCAGGAG